UUGGCAGCCACCCUUUGCAUGUGAUGUUGAUAAACUUCAUUUUACUCCACGUAUCCAGAGGCUGAAUGAAUUGGAGGCCCAAACUCGUGUAAAGUUGAAUUUCUUGGACCAGAUUGCAAAGUAUUGGGAAUUACAGGGGAGUACUCUGAAAAUCCCUCAUGUGGAGAGGAAGAUCUUGGACUUGUUUCAGCUUAAUAAGUUAGUUGCAGAAGAAGGUGGAUUUGCAGUUGUUUGCAAGGAUAGGAAGUGGACCAAAAUUGCCACCAAAAUGGGGUUUGCUCCAGGCAAAGCUGUGGGCUCACACAUCAGAGGGCAUUAUGAGCGAAUACUCAAUCCCUACAAUUUAUUCUUGUCUGGAGACAGCUUGAGGUGUCUCCAGAAGCCAAACCUGUGCACUGACAUGAAGGACAAGGAGUACAAGCCCCAUGACAUCCCUCAGAGGCAGUCUGUGCAGCCCUUGGAAACAUGCCCCCCAGCCCGAAGGGCAAAGCGCAUGAGAGCCGAGGCGAUGGAUAUUAAAAUACAACCAGAAGAGAUACCAGAAGCCAGAACUCAUAAUCUUAGACGUCGAAUGGGUUGUCCAACUCCAAAAUGUGAUAAUGAGAAAGAAAUUAAGAACAACAUCAAACAAGAACCCAUUGAGAAGAAAGAGUAUACUGUAGAAAGUGAGAAAGAGAAGCCAAAGAGUCGAUCUAAAAAAACCACCAAUGCUGUGGAUCUGUAUGUCUGCCUCUUGUGUGGCAGUGGCAAUGAUGAGGAUCGACUUCUCUUGUGUGAUGGCUGUGAUGACAGUUACCAUACAUUUUGCUUGAUUCCACCUCUCCAUGAUGUUCCCAAGGGAGACUGGAGAUGUCCUAAGUGUUUGGCUCAGGAGUGUAAUAAGCCACAAGAAGCUUUUGGUUUUGAACAAGCAGCCAGAGACUAUACUCUUCGUACUUUUGGAGAAAUGGCAGAUGCCUUUAAAUCUGAUUAUUUCAACAUGCCAGUUCAUAUGGUUCCCACAGAGCUGGUUGAGAAAGAAUUUUGGCGACUGGUAAGCACUAUUGAAGAGGAUGUCACAGUGGAAUAUGGAGCUGAUAUCGCUUCAAAGGAAUUUGGUAGUGGCUUUCCUGUCCGAGAUGGGAAAAUCAAACUUUCCCCCGAAGAAGAGGAAUACCUUGAUAGUGGCUGGAAUUUGAACAAUAUGCCAGUGAUGGAACAAUCUGUCCUUGCUCACAUUACUGCUGAUAUAUGUGGCAUGAAACUUCCUUGGUUAUAUGUGGGAAUGUGCUUUUCUUCUUUCUGUUGGCAUAUUGAAGAUCACUGGAGCUAUUCAAUUAACUAUCUGCACUGGGGUGAGCCAAAAACCUGGUAUGGAGUCCCAGGGUAUGCUGCUGAGCAGCUAGAAAAUGUGAUGAAGAAACUGGCCCCAGAGCUCUUUGUGUCCCAGCCGGAUCUCCUCCAUCAGCUUGUGACCAUCAUGAACCCCAAUACCCUGAUGACUCAUGAAGUGCCUGUUUACCGAACUAAUCAGUGUGCUGGGGAAUUUGUGAUAACAUUUCCAAGAGCCUACCACAGUGGUUUCAACCAAGGUUUUAAUUUUGCUGAGGCUGUUAACUUCUGCACUGUUGACUGGCUUCCCUUAGGCCGACAGUGUGUGGAGCAUUACCGCCUGCUUCACCGUUACUGUGUAUUUUCACACGAUGAGAUGAUUUGCAAAAUGGCUUCCAAGGCUGAUGUACUAGAUGUUGUAGUGGCUUCCACUGUGCAGAAAGACAUGGCCAUUAUGAUUGAGGAUGAGAAAGCUUUAAGGGAAACAGUCCGUAAAUUGGGAGUAAUUGAUUCGGAGAGAAUGGAUUUUGAGCUAUUGCCCGAUGAUGAGCGUCAAUGUGUAAAGUGCAAAACUACAUGCUUCAUGUCUGCCAUCUCCUGUUCUUGUAAACCUGGCCUCCUCGUUUGCUUGCAUCAUGUAAAGGAAUUGUGUUCCUGUCCUCCUUAUAAAUAUAAGCUCCGCUAUAGAUAUACUCUGGAUGAUCUGUACCCCAUGAUGAAUGCAUUGAAGCUUCGAGCAGAAUCUUACAAUGAAUGGGCCUUGAAUGUGAAUGAAGCUUUGGAAGCAAAGAUCAACAAGAAGAAAAGUCUUGUCAGCUUCAAGGCUUUAAUUGAAGAAUCUGAAAUGAAGAAAUUCCCAGACAAUGAUCUUUUGCGUCACCUUCGCCUAGUCACUCAGGAUGCAGAGAAAUGUGCCUCUGUUGCGCAGCAGUUGCUGAAUGGAAAAAGGCAAACGAGAUACCGGUCUGGUGGAGGGAAAUCCCAAAAUCAGUUGACUGUGAAUGAGCUUCGACAAUUUGUGACACAACUGUAUGCUCUUCCAUGUGUCCUCAGUCAAACACCAUUGCUAAAGGAUCUCUUGAAUCGUGUAGAAGAGUUCCAGCAGCAUAGCCAGAAGGUGCUUACUGAGGAAAUGCCCAGUGCUGCCAAGCUGCAGGAAUUGCUGGACAUUAGCUUUGAAUUUGAUGUUGAACUUCCACAGCUUGCUGAGAUGCGCAUUCGCUUGGAGCAGGCCCGCUGGCUGGAAGAAGUGCAGCAAGCUUGUCUAGACCCCAGCUCCCUCACGUUAGAUGAUAUGAGACGUCUCAUAGAUCUGGGUGUGGGGCUGGCCCCAUAUUCAGCAGUGGAGAAAGCUAUGGCCCGGCUGCAGGAACUGCUUACAGUGUCAGAGCACUGGGAUGAUAAAGCCAAGAGUUUCCUCAAGGCCAGGCCGCGGCAUUCCCUGAGCAGCCUUGCUGCCGCAGUGAAGGAGAUUGAGGACAUCCCUGCCUAUCUGCCCAAUGGGGUGGCUCUGAAAGACUCGGUGCAGAGAGCCAGAGACUGGCUUCAAGAUGUGGAAGCCCUACAGGCAGGUGGACGUGUGCCAGUGUUAGACACACUCAUAGAACUUGUUACACGAGGCCGAUCAAUCCCAGUACAUCUGAAUUCUUUACCAAGACUGGAGUCGCUUGUAACUGAGGUGCAGGCCUGGAAACAAUGUGCUGCAAAUACAUUCUUGACUGAGAAUUCAUCAUAUUCUCUCUUAGAGGUGCUGUGUCCUCGAUGCGAUAUUGGCCCUUUGGGGUUGAAGAGAAAGCAGAGGAAGCUGAAGGAACCUCUGCCAAGUGGAAAGAAAAAAACCACCAAAUUAGAGAGUCUGAGCGACCUGGAGAGAGCGUUAACCGAAAGCAAGGAGACGGCGUCAGCAAUGGUAACACUUGGAGAGGCACGUCUGAGGGAAAUGGAAGCCUUGCAGUCUCUUAGACUAGCCAAUGAAGGGAAGUUGCUGUCACCUGUCCAAGAUGUGGAGAUGAAGGUCUGCGUGUGUCAGAAGGCGCCAGCGGCACCUAUGAUGCAGUGUGAACUCUGCAGGGAUGCUUUCCAUACCUCCUGCGUGGCAGUGCCCAGUACUUCUCAAGGCUCCCAAGUCUGGCUUUGUCCCCAUUGUCGGAGGUCAGAGAAACCCCCCCUGGAGAAAAUUUUGCCCCUACUGGCUUCCCUGCAGCGUAUUCGAGUUCGCCUUCCUGAGGGAGAUGCACUUCGAUACAUGAUUGAAAGAACCGUGAACUGGCAACACAGAGCCCAGCAACUGCUUUCAUCAGGGAAUCUAAAAUUUGUGCAAGAUCGAGUUGGGUCAGGACUGUUAUAUAGCCGAUGGCUAGCCUCAACAGGACAGGUGUCGGAGAUAAACAAGGUACCUCUACCAUCUGGCACCACAUCCUUUUCCUUGCCUGAGGACUGGGACAACAGAACCUCAUAUUUACACUCCCCUUUCUCAACUGGACGAAGUUGUAUCCCCCUUAGUGGCAUUAGUCCAGAAGUGAACGAACUGUUGAUGGAGGCCCAGUUGCUCCAGGUAUCCCUUCCUGAAAUUCAGGAACUUUACCAGACUUUACUUGCAAAGCCAAGCCCUGGUCAGCAAAUUGACCGAAGCUCACCAGUGAGACCCAGCAGUGAGAAGAGUGAUUGCUGCCGAGGGAAGCGAGACGGUCUCAACAGUCUUGAGAGAAAAUUGAAGAGGCGCCUAGAAAGAGAGGACCUAUCCAGUGAGCGGUGGGAUCGAAUUAAAAAAAUGCGGACCCCCAAAAAGAAGAAAAUCAAACUGAGCCACUCCAAGGACAUGAACAAUUUCAAGUUAGAGAGAGAGCAUAGCUAUGAAUUAGCCCGUUCAGCUGAAACUCAUUCCCUGCCCUCAGACACAUCCUAUUCGGAACAGGAGGACUCUGAGGAUGAAGAUGCCAUCUGCCCAGCUGUGAGCUGCCUGCAGCCAGAAGGAGAUGAGGUGGACUGGGUCCAGUGUGAUGGCAGCUGCAAUCAGUGGUUUCAUCAGGUCUGUGUUGGUGUUUCUCCAGAGAUGGCAGAGAAGGAAGACUACAUCUGUGUGCGCUGUACUGUGAAGGACGCACCAAGCCGAAAGUAAAAAUCACAAAACAAACCCCCUUCUCCUUCAUGUAAUUCAGGACUCCAACCUAGAAGAUUCCUUCAAUUUCUCAGCAAAGCUACAGGACUGGCAUUCACUCCAGCCUGUAAACGGUGCUAUUUCUAUUCUUUAUGGGAUCAUUUUUCCAGAACUCUUUGAAAAAAAGAAAAAAACAAACAAAACAAAAACCAACUAAAAAUUUUUUGACACAUUUUGUAUUUUUUUCCUUAAGAGUUGUUUGUGAUUGUUGAGAUUUGAAAUGCUGACUGUUUUUUGCAGGGGUUUCCACCAAUUUGGAAGGCAUCAAAUCUUGCACCUUUUCAUGUACAGCAUUAAAAUCUUACCUCUGGGAUUUAUGGCUUAAGAGUCCAACUCGGUUUCAGUGUCCAGAAGGGCAUCAGAAAUUCCAGUAAAUCCUCAUUUGAGGAAUCUCCUGUUUACUCUGUUACCACAUUGGGGUACUUGAGUUUUUCAUUUUUGGGGGUUUUUGUUUAUUUCUUUAUCUCCUUUUUUUCCCACCCCUCAUGGUAGACUAGGUUUAUUUAUCUGAGCAAUAACUUCCAUGUCUGGAUUCAGUGGCUGGAAUUAAAACAAAACAACAAACAUAUGAACAGUGUGUUGGUGCUUUAGCAUUUGGUUGAUGUACAGAACGCAAAUGUCUAGUUUCUAGGGUCACUGAUGAACUAGUGAUGUAGAAAAGAGACUGCUCUGUAAGUAAUUGCCACAGCUGUAUUUUGGCUUUCUCCCUGCCCUCCUCCUACCCUUCCCUAUUUUUUUGGUAGCUUGUAUCAAAUGUUGCAAGUUUAUAUUGUGGAAUAAAUUCUUGGUUAUAAUAUAACAGUAAAUGCUGGUUAUUUAGAACCAUUAGACUACAGCUGCCGCUGGUCCUCCGUCUUUUGAGCUUUUCCGAGCCAGAGGGGACUGCUUGCUUUGCCUCUGUCCAUCUAGGCUGCAGUAGCCAUAGAUGCUAGCCUGCGAACAACAUGAGGAGAUCCUUCUGUUGUAGCCUGUGCUGUUGGUGGGCCAUAGGCCUCCAGCCCUCACUAAUAAAUUGCAUCUCCCUCCUACCUCCCAGUCUUUAAGUAACAGAGUUUGUCUUAAAGCCAUGGUUUUUUUAAUAAAAAGAAACAAAGACUUUCUUAGAGUAUUGUGAAACCAUUGUACUCCACUCCCAAGGUUUCUUCAUCUUUGAGCUGACAGGAAAACUUGGUUUCAGGUUCCAUUGUCCCAGCACAGCGGAAGGAAUGCUCAUCCUCACAGAAGGCAGUUUGAGGAGAGUCGCAGGGACACCAGGCUCUGCCAUCCUAACGUCCUUCCCCAUCACUUUCUUACUUUUGUUUACUGGGAGUGUGCACCUGCAUUUCACUGCAACCUCCUUUUUCUUUUGAAAGGACUCUCUUCUCCAGUGGAGGAGGCAUUCUUGAGAAUGGAACAGGUUCUUAUUUUUCCUAGUCUGUUGCUGAUGUUUGUUUUCCCCACAUUCUAUAGCCAUAAACCUGAAAUGGGUAGAACUCUAGUGGGUCUUUAAUAGAAAAACAAUGGAAAAAAAGACCCCGCUGUUGGUGAUGUAGCAGAGAUUUAAAUGUAUUGUCCCCUUUUAUGCAAUUCAAAUAAUUAAAUCUCUUUAAGAAUGA